AUUUAGCUGUAAUACAGUUGCUCUCUAAAACAUGUCAAAUUCUUUUUUCCCGAAUAUUUUAUGAAAGUGCCUUUGAAAUACCACACUUUAGUUCGCUUUCUCUCUUCGAUAAUAUUGUCACUGAAGUGUUACAAACUGACGCACACAUCGGUAAAGUUGUUUGCUGCUGUUUAGCCAGCUGAGCUAGCUAGUGACGUUAACGUUACAGUGCCACAGACAAAAGGGUUAGCUAGCAUCUUUGGUAUUGCUGCUUCACUCUGUGACUUGGCCAAUUUAGCAAACUAGGUAACGUUAGGCUGUGUCGGUGAAUUUUUUUAUCUCCCUAGUAGAGCAAUGAAUUCCUGUUUACAAAACGAAGAAAACGCUCGUGCAGUGGAAAAUGCUAUCAGAACAGCGGUAAAUACUGUCAUGGAUGUUAUUUACAAUAUGAACAGUACCAAAAUACUAGAAUAUGAAAGGAAGGUGGCCGAGAGGGACAAAGAAAAUGAAACGCUUAAAUGUAAGCUUAAAAAAGCUGAAGACGAAUUAACAGCAUUUCGAGUAGGCCUAUCCUUUGAAUUUUCUGCACUUUCACCAGGAAGAGAUUUUGGAAAACCAAUGUGCAAUGAGAACGAGGUGGCAAGCGAAAAUGAUUGGAGAAUGGAUUUCCCCAGUCUCAAUGCAGGGACUCCUGGGCUUUCAGCAGAGCGAGCCAGAGGCCAGUCCCCAUCAGCCAGUCCAGUCACCAGCCCAGUGAUAAAAGAGGAGCCUGCUGACACUGGGUCCUUCUACAUCAAAUGGGAGAUGAGUGAGGAGAGCAUUGCAGAACAACAGGAGGGUUUAGGCCCGAUGCACGUCUUGGGGAAAGAGUCUGAUGGAACGUCUUCUGUUGCUGGUAGCCAAAGUCCAGGCGAUAGACGUUCAGAACUGUCUGAGGAGACAUCGACAGAGCGUGUGAAAAGGAGGCUGUCAAGCGCAGAGACACAGCGGCAAUACAGAGAGAGAAUCCGUGCUGACCCUGAGAAGUUGCGGGCCUACAAGGAGAGGGCAAAAUGCAGGGAGGAUGAUGAUGAUGAUGAUUGGAUCAGCAACUUUCAUGUCCCUUGGCAGCAGAUGCCUGAAAGCCUCAGGCGAGCCAUUGCAGAGGGACGAAGAGUCGAGGCGGCAGAUAGGCGGCUGAUGGUGAGGAUCACCGUUGAUGCAAUGCGUGUACACUGCCUCAACCCCAACAAGAAAGUAUGUUCAGAAAUUGCCAAAGCUAUAGUUUCAGAAUAUCCAGAGAGCUUUGCAGACCUGUCAAAAGAAGGGGAACUACUUAGCAGAAGGUACUCCUCCUUGCUCACCCAAAUAAAGACCAGAGUGGAGCAUGUGAACCGGAACACUGAAAAUCGAAUACGCAGACCCAAGACGAACAAAAAAGGGGAAAACAGCAACAGACAAGUCAAAACAGCAAGAACAAAAGUGGACAGUUAUGGGUGCAUCAACUGGCACCCACAGGACCUUCCGGAAGGAGAGACUCCUGACUCCCUGGAAAAUAAGAGACAGAUUAUGGCCACCAUUUUCAACAGUGCAAGCCCCAGUGGUGUGGACAGGGGAGACGUGGAUGAAUUCAUGAGGCUUACGUACAUUAACCAACGCCACAUGAUAAAUGCAUGGCCAGCCCCAAGCAUUGGUGACGUCAAGGAACAAUGGCCUUUUCUUUUUGCCAAGAGAUGGCUCUGCGCCCACUUCCACAUGCUCACUGGAGUUGAGAUCGACCGCUGCCUCAGUGACGCUCUCCGGAGCAAAGGAAAGACCAUUGUCAAUUUCUUCCGAAGUCAGAAACCCAACUGGAGGAGAGGCAUCCAAAGUCUCCUCAAUGACAUUGAAGGUGACGUCAGUGGAAACCUCACAGCCUGUGCUGCCAUUCUUCUGGUGCUGUCCCACUUCAGAGAGAAAGAGGACUCUCUCUUCCUCUUGGCUGAUGUGAAUGACACCCAGAUGGAUGUAGAGGCUCAGUUGCAUUUGCCGGCCACUCCAAGACUUAUCAUGCUUGGGAGUUCCCUGCUGGCUUCAUCUAAGUGGAUGGUGUCGAUCGAGGGGAGAGUGGUCUGUGUUUUGGAAAAUCAGUCCGACUUUGCUGCUGCCCUCUCUGUGCUCUUCGGAUGUUUCUACGUGUUCAAUACAGAGUACCAGGACACAGCCUCAGCAACACUGGAGCUUAUUCAGAGGUUUCUAGUAGGGAUCAACCCAAAUGAAGGAACCAAAUGCUCUUCGUACCUUGAUUCAGAAGCCGGGGUGAGCCGCAGGACUGGAAGAGUUGUGCAAAGGAAGACCGAUGCAGUUGCCGCCUUCCUCAAAGACCUUACUGAAUUUGAAUGGUGAACCAGUUUCAUAGGAGAUGCAAACACACAAACAAGGAUGCACAUACAUGAUGCAUAGCUUCAAAUGUUGUAAUGUUGCUCUUGUUUAAUAUCAAUCAAUUACCACUACAGAUUGCAAUUGAGUUCUAUCAUGAGAUGCAUUUUGGAAUAUUUGUCCUAUGUUUCUGUUGGCUGGCCAUGUCUGUGAUGGGGAAACGUUAUUUUAUAACUUGUAUGUUAUAAUGACGUUCUAAAUGAUUACCGGAAGUGUUUUUUUGAUGUUGACAGAUUUCUUUAAGAAGUUUUGUUGACUUACUGUAAACAAAAUCAGUGUGAUAAAUUCAGUUUUGUUCGGAACAAGUUCCCAUUUCACUACAGUGUUAAAGGGGCAGUGAAGUUAAACUUGAUUUUCCUGCUUUUUGUUAUAUUUCCACACAAUGAGGUUGAAAUAAAACUCAGAAAUUGUGAAAA